UAUUAAUAAUUCUUUUAGUGCUAUCCUCACUUCUAGUGCUGGCCCUAUGAGGUCUAAUAUAACAUUUAAUCCUAAUAAGGCUGUUGAUAAUUACACCGUUCAGUGUACUGUUGAUACAACAGUCAGUUGUCGUAUAAUGAUACCAGGUGUUCCUGCUCGAUUUGAAAUUAAUGGAUUUGUUGUCACUCCUACUUAUGUUAACUUCUCCUGACCAAUAUCAACCCAUCCUUGUUUUGAGGAGUAUCGAUUAUUAACUACAAGUGCAAAUAAUCCUAAUACUGUAGAGCGAAUUUUUGAUUGUUCGAUUACUAGCAUUCUCCUGCCUAUAUCUCAACUUAAUGAUACAGAAUAUUCAUAUGGUAUAUAUACUACUGAUACUGGUGGUAGGUAUAUGGAACCUCAGUUAACGAGAAUGCUUACACCCAAUGUUCCUUUAUCUGUUGCUAAUCUGACGUUAACACAAACUGAUUAUCCUACUGAUACUAAUGAUACUGUUAACAUCACUGUAUCAUGGAAUAAACAACAAUCAUCUCGUCCUCCUGCAACUCAAUAUAAUAUUCAGAGUAACAUUUCUAAUAAAAUUCAGGAUAUAUCAACUAAUGUUACUUCACUAACUCUGUCUGGUUUUUCAGUUGGUUUAGUGUAUACUGUUUCAGUGGAGGCUGUUAAUGUAUUAGGAAGUGGUACUGUUACAUCAGCUACAAUAACUAUACUUGCUACACCACCACCACCUGUAAUACCUUCAACUAGUACAGUUCAUUUCACUUCUUCCCUUACUUCAAAUAUUAUUAGAUCAACUCCAAGUACUACUCAAACUACUCCAAGUGUUUCUGUUACUGAAGGUUGUAAUCCUGCCUCCAGUACUACUCUACCUAUUGCAGUUAGUGUAUCAGUGACAUUUAUACUGACAGCUAUACUGUCUUCAACACUGACACUAAUACUGACACUGCUGUGUGUUAGGAGCAGAUCCAAUAAACCAGUUGAACAGGUUGAACUAGUUGAACAGGUUAAACGAGAUGAGGGAGGAACAACAGCAUCAGUUGCUGUGUAUGAUGAGAUCACUACUACUAAAGGAGGAGCCACCAGUUCUGUUCCACUAACAAGUAAUCCAGCUUAUGGACCAUUGAGAAAUUAAUGUACUCAUUUCAAUUUGUUUUUAUAUUUAGCAUGAUGUGAUUAUAGUCACUUAAAAUUUUAUUAUUUUAUUUUUUAAUUGUUUUACAUUGUUCAAAUUUUGCAUUGUUUUUUAGUUCUGACCUUUUUUGACAAUUGAAAAUUUUUUAAUAUACUUUUUGUUUCUCAAUGUGUACUUGUUGUAAU